GACACCUUUGGCCUUCGAUUGUCCUGAUCUCCUUGCUGUCCUUCGUCUCCGGUGACGAUUCACUGGACACCCGUGAGGGCGUCGAUCUGGUGCUCAAAUGCCGCUUCACCGAGCAUUACGACUCGACCGACUUCACCUUCUACUGGGCGAGAUGGACCUGCUGCCCCACAUUGUUCGAGAACGUGGCCAUUGGCGAUGUGCAGCUUAACUCGAAUUAUCGGUUGGACUUUCGACCGAGUCGCGGUAUUUACGAUCUGCAAAUCAAGAAUACCUCAUAUAAUCGAGAUAAUGGACGCUUUGAGUGCCGCAUUAAGGCCAAGGGCACUGGUGCCGAUGUCCAUCAGGAAUUCUACAAUCUAACAGUGCUCACAGCUCCACAUCCACCGAUGGUCACACCGGGAAAUCUGGCAGUGGCUACGGAGGAAAAGCUAGAAUUGACCUGCGGCAGUAUUGGUGGCUCUCCAGAUCCUAUGAUAACCUGGUACCGCGAGGGCAGCACCGUGCCACUGCAGUCAUAUGCGCUGAAGGGCGGAUCGAAGAACCACUAUACCAAUGCCACCCUACAGAUUGUUCCCAGACGGGCCGACGAUGGUGCCAAGUACAAAUGCGUUGUCUGGAAUCGUGCCAUGCCCGAGGGUCACACACUGGAGACCAGCGUAUCCCUGAAUGUCAACUAUUAUCCCCGCGUGGAGGUGGGACCCCAGAAUCCUCUUCGCAUUGAACGCGAUCAUGUUGCCAAAUUGGAGUGCCGUGUGGAUGCCAAACCCAUGGUUAGCAAUGUCCGUUGGUCCAGAAAUGGUCAAUACGUGAGUGCCACACCCAUUCAUACCAUCUAUCGUGUAAAUCGUCAUCAUGCUGGGAAAUAUACUUGCAAUGCAGAUAAUGGUUUGGGCAAAACAGGUGAAAAGGAUAUAGUCCUGGAUGUACUAUAUCCCCUUGUGGUGAUCGAAUCAAAGACCCAUGAGGCUGAGGAGGGUGAAACUGUGCUAAUUCGUUGCAAUGUCACUGCCAAUCCUUCACCCAUCAAUAUUGAAUGGUUAAAGGAAGGCGCUCCUGAUUUCCGAUAUACCGGAGAACUCUUAACUCUGGGUUCUGUGACAGAACAUGCUGGAAAUUAUAUCUGCAGAUCGGUGAAUAUAAUGCAACCUUUCAAUUCAAAGAGAAUCGAAGGUGUGGGCAACUCUACGGUGGCUUUAUUGGUACGACAUCGUCCAGGACAGGCAUAUAUAACACCCAAUAAACCGGUGGUUCAUGUGGGUAAUGGUGUUACCCUAACCUGUUCCGCAAAUCCACCAGGCUGGCCUGUCCCUCAGUAUCGCUGGUUCCGUGACAUGGAUGGUGACAUUGGAAAUACACAGAAAAUCCUGGCUCAAGGACCACAAUAUUCCAUACCCAAGGCACACUUGGGUAGCGAGGGAAAGUACCAUUGUCAUGCGGUGAAUGAGCUGGGUAUUGGUAAGAUAGCCACCAUUAUCCUGGAGGUACAUCAACCGCCACAAUUUCUGGCCAAGUUGCAACAACACAUGACAAGGAGAGUGGGUGAUGUGGACUAUGCGGUGACAUGCAGUGCCAAGGGGAAGCCCACACCCCAAAUCAGAUGGAUUAAGGAUGGCACCGAGAUCCUGCCAACGCGUAAGAUGUUCGAUAUAAGGACCACGCCCACAGACGCCGGUGGUGGUGUGGUUGCUGUGCAGAGUAUCCUGCGUUUUAGAGGCAAAGCCAGACCCAAUGGGAAUCAAUUGUUACCAAAUGACAGAGGUUUAUUUACCUGUCUUUAUGAAAAUGAUGUUAAUUCUGCAAAUUCCUCAAUGCAUUUGCGGAUCGAACAUGAACCCAUAAUUAUUCAUCAAUAUAAUAAGGUGGCCUACGAUCUAAGGGAAUCUGCUGAAGUGGUUUGCCGUGUUCAGGCCUAUCCCAAACCUGAAUUUCAAUGGCAAUAUGGCAAUAAUCCCUCACUGACCAUGUCCUCGGAUGGUCAUUAUGAGAUAAGCACCCGAAUGGAGAAUAAUGAUAUUUACACUUCCAUUCUAAGGAUAGCUCACUUACAGCACUCGGAUUAUGGAGAAUACAUCUGUAGAGCUGUGAAUCCUUUGGAUAGCAUAAGAGCACCCAUCAGAUUACAACAAGGAGCACCGGAGAAACCUAUGAAUCUAAAGAUCUUGGAGGUGGGUCACAAUUAUGCUGUACUUAGUUGGCAACCCGGAUUUAAUGGAGGCUUCAUGGGCACAAAAUAUCUAAUUAGCUAUCGUCGAGUGGCCACACCCAGAGAGCAAACCCUAUCGGAUUGCUCGGGACAUGGCUAUAUACCCAGCUAUCAAAUAGGCAGCUCUUCCAGUAAUUCCAACCACGAAUGGAUCGAAUUCAAUUGCUUCAAGGAGAAUCCCUGUAAGCUGGCUCCCUUGGAUCAACAUCAAAGCUACAUGUUCAAGGUUUAUGCAUUGAAUUAAGGAACUUCUGGGUAUUCCAAUGAAGUUUUGGCCACCACAAAAGUUAGUAAGAUUCCACCACCAUUGCAUGUAAGCUACGAUCCCAAUUCCCAUGUUUUGGGCAUCAAUGUGGCUGCCACUGUUUAUCCUAUUGCCGUGGUGGAAUCCUUGGUAACCCGCGAUGCAACUGUACCCAUGUGGGAAAUUGUAGAGACUCUAACGUUGCCUUCUUCUGGCAGUGAAACGACCUUCAAAGAGGCUGUAAUUAAUCACAUGUCCAAACCAGCUCAUUAUACCACAGCUACACAUCAGGAGAGCUUGGGUGUGGGAGGAGGUGGAGUAGGGACUCAUCUUGGUGAAGAUCGCACUAUGGCCUUGGCGGAGACAGCAGGUCCUGGACCAGUGGUGCGAGUGAAACUCUGCCUGAGAUCAAACCACGAACACUGUGGAGCCUAUGCAAAUGCAGAAAUUGGUAAAUCCUAUAUGCCACACAACUCCUCCAUGACCACCUCCGCUCUGGUGGCCAUCAUUAUUGCCUCGCUCUCGUUUUGUAUCUUUCUGGCCCUGCUUUAUGCCUUCUGUCGGUGUCGCAGGACACAUGCCGCCAAAAAGGACAGUAGUACAGAUGCCACCACUACACCAGGAGGAGGGGGGGGAGGUGGUGGAGGCGUUUCUGCCGGUGCCAAGGAAUACGACCUUGACUUGGACGCCAGCCGUAGACCUUCACUCAACCAAAACGACCCGCAGCAAUCCCAACAGCAGCAACAACCCCUACCGCCGCCACCAUACUAUCCCAGUGGCAGCCUGGACUCAAAGGACAUGGUGGGUGGUAAUGGUGGCAUGGAACUCACCCUCACCGCCCUUCAUGAUCCCGACGAACAGUUGAAUAUGCAACAGCAGCACCACAAUAACCACGGCCAGUACCAGCAGCCCAAAGCCAUUCUGGGAAUUUACGGAGGCAGUGGUGGUGGUGGAGCAGGAGGAGGAGGAGCUGGAGGAGCAGGAGCCAGUUCCGGCGGACAGCAUCCACAUUCGAACGGCUAUGGCUAUCAUGUGACAAGUGCCAUCGGCGUGGACGGCGACAGCUAUCAAGUUCUGCCCACCGCCGGCAACUCAGCAGCCGGAUCGCAUGGACAUGGACAUGGACAUGGACAUGGCCUAGGUGCCGGAGAGUGGUCGAGCAACAAUUCCACCGAGAACAACUAUAGCAAUGCCAGGGAUCUGUCACAGGAGGCAUUGUGGCGCCUCCAAUUGGCAGCUGCCGCUCAGUCGCAGCAAAUCUAUGUGGAGCGACCGCCAUCGGCAUUUAGUGGCUUGGUGGACUACAGUGGCUAUUCGCCGCACAUUCAAACGGUGACCAGUUCUCUGAGCCAGCAGAGUUUCACGCCGCAAAGUGGAAGCUCCUCGGUGGCGCAACCCCUGGCGCCACACGAAAUGUUGCAAGCAGCGCAGCGUUACGGAACUCUAAGGAAGUCGGGAAAGCAACCUCCAUUGCCACCGCAGCGUAAGGAUCUGCAACAGCAGCAGCAGCAACAGUCGAAACCGCAACAGCAAUUGGCGGAUAUAAUACAGGAUUUGGCAAAUUAAACUAAUUGCCAGUUAAGAGAGAGACAACAAAAACGGCAACCAAAUACCAUUUUGACAUUAGCAUUAAAGUAAGUAAAAACAUGGAUAUAAAAAAAAUCUUAACAUAUUUAGCUGUUUAAGUGGCGUGAAAAAUGCAAACCAAGCUAAUUAAGAGGAAACUUGCCUAUUUCGACCAAAAAAAGAAAAAAUAAAAACAAAAAAACGCUGUACAUGUAAAAUCUCUGCAGAAAAACCAAACAAAGAAGAAAGUAAAUAAAACUAAUUGUUAAGCUUAAACUAAAAUUUUAAUAUUUGUCUAAAGUAUUAUAUCCUUUUUCCCCCCAUAAAAAGUUUCUUCUGAUUUUUGUUAAAACCAAGUUUGUAGUAUGAAAAAUAAACUGAAAAACGAGUAAAUUAAAAGCACACACAAAAAAACUUGCAUAAAAUUGCCAAAGCAACAGCACUUUAUUUAUAAACACCCAUCCGCCGUACAUAUAUUUUAUUUAUAUUUAAAUAAUAAUUUAUACGGUGCAUGGCCAAAAUAUUGAGGUCCAGGGCGACAAACUGCAAUAACAUGGCCAUAAUAUUCUGGUCAAAUCAUUGUUAAACCAACAGCCAAACACAAAAGCCACCUUUUUGAGGUUUCUAUGUGCCGGUAUUGUUUUUUUGUUUUUACAUUCUAUAAAGCAAAAAUAUGGAAAUUGCGUUCGUUUAAAUCAAAUAAAAGAGACAAAAUGUUCAUUUAAUUGCUUUUCCAGCCAAACCAAAAAAACAAGGGCAAUAAAAAUCAAACUUCAACAC